GAGGUCACACCUGUAGGGACUGAUGGUAGAGGAUACCCAGGACAGAGAGUGGGGGUCCUCGCUCUGCAGCAGCAAAGUUAGCCUCACAUAGCUUGUGCAUGCACACUGUAGGCCCUCGGAUAGUUUCUGAGGGGCUGUACCACUGGCUCCUCUGCCCCUCAACUCCCACCAACCCUAAAGGAUUUCCUCCUUUGUGUAGGUGUGCGUGUACAAGGUGGUUGGAGAUGACGUUUAGGUGCCAGAAGGGGCAACACUGUGAUGGGCCCUAAAGGACCAGCCCUUUCUAUUUUCUACCUCCUAAUGCAUUGAGAGAGUGGAUAAAUUGUAUACCCAGGAGGUGCUGAUGUGUCAGGGAGCAACAGAUGUGAGUUCCUUUUUUACUUUCUUUGUCUUGUCUACUGGGAAGCUCCAUUCCUUUUGUUGUUGUUGUUGUUUGUUUGUUUUUUGUUUUUGAGAUGGAGUCUCACUGUGUUGCCCAGGCUGGAGUGCAGUGGUGCGAUCUUGGCUCACUGCAACCUCUGCCUCCCGGGUUCAAGCGAUUCUCCUGCCUCAGCCUCCAGAGUAGCUGGGAUCACAGACAUGCUACCAAGCCCGGCUAAUUUUUGGUGUUUUUAGUAGAGACGGGGUUUCACCAUGUUGGCCAGGCUGGUCUUGAACUCCUGACCUCAGGUGAUCCGCCUACCUUGGCCUCCCAAAGUGCUGAGAUUACAGGCGCGCGCCACCGCACCCAGCCCAAUAUAUGUGUAUUUUUAACGUUACUAUAUAAUGCUAGAUUGCUUCAGACUGGUCUUUACAAAUCAGAUCCUUCUUACGGUUUCCCAUAUGUCCAGAAUGAAAUAUGAGCUCCCUGGCCAAGGAGGCCCUACAGCACCUGGCCCCAGCCUACACCCCCUACACUCCCAACACACUGACACUGUCUACUCAUCCAGAAAAAGCAACCUGUUAGCCACCACUUAAUACACCCCUUCACCCCCGGUGUGUGUGUCCCACAUUGCCGUUUAUUUUUCAGCUUGUUUGUCUGCAUACCGACCUAUCGUCCUUCAAACGCUACAACGUAAACUCCCAGCCCUGGCCACUGGAUGAAGCCAGUGGCUUUUCCCUACCUCCUACUCUUUGUGCACGCAGAACAAUUUACCCACGCACCCCGCCUUCCCGUUAUUUUACACCUGCAACCCUGUUGCUGCCCUCCAAGUUCAAAGUGCGAAAUUGCCGCCUGCUAGAAUCUUUUCCUUAGUUGGGCACUUCCCCUCCCCGCCCUGCCGUAAGAAAAUUGGUGUUUGAAGUCUUAGGAGUGCCGGCCUCUGCAGAACGAAGUAAACACCCGCUUUACGACGCAGCCCCAGAAGCAAAAAGACACGGUGGGCGCGGCCAUCUCGCCUGGAGCAGUGACGUCACCGGCAAGGCUACCUUCCCUCUGCGCCUGCGCUGCGGCCCCAUGUUGACUAUUGGCGGACGCGGGAGUUGGGGGGGGGGGGGGGUCUCAAAGGCGCCACUGAGCGUGCGCAGAACCGACCGCUGCAGUCCUUUAGGCUGCGGUGCCAAAGAGUCGGUCCCGAAGCGGAAGUGCUUGUUGGGGCCAGGCUUUGUAACGGUCUCCUGAGCAGCGAGCAGAAAAUCUGUUAUCGAGAGAGAGUGAGCACAGUGACCUGCCCCUAAGGGUUCAUGCGCAUCCCUCAGACCCCUCUUUAGACGCGCCCCGCUUCUCCCUCUGCCCUCUCCCCUUGCCCAAGCCCCGAGGUGGGGGCCUGGUGUGAAUGCUCCGGCCGAAGUGAACCUGCACCCCCGCACCCGAAGGCCUCUUUCCGGCUCCUGGGCAAGGCGGCCCCGGUGAGCUCAGCCGUCACACGUCUCUGCUUUUUCCCAAGAAGAGCAGGAAAUGGCCAAACCCCAGAAAAAAAAAGUUAUAAAGAAAAGUGGUUUAUUUGGCUCACAGUCCUGCAAGCUGUACAAGAAGCAUGACACCAGCAUCUGCAUCUGGUGAGGCCUCAGGAAGCUUCUACUCAUGGCAGAAGGCAAAGAGGGAACAGGGGCUAGUGACAUUUGAAGAUGUAGCUGUGGAUUUCACCCAGGAGGAGUGGCAGUACCUGAACCCACCACAGAGGACCCUGUACAGAGACGUGAUGCUGGAGACCUACAGCAACUUGGUCUUUGUGGGGCAGCAGGUUACCAAACCAAACCUCAUCCUCAAGUUGGAGGUAGAAGAAUGCCCGGCAGAAGGAAAAAUCCCGUUUUGGAACUUUCCAGAAGUCUGUCAAGUUGAUGAACAGAUUGAGAGGGAACAUCAGGAUGACCAAGAUAAAUGUCUGCUGAUGCAAGUUGGAUUUUCUGACAAGAAAACAAUUACCACCAAGAGUGCUCGUGACUGUCAUGAGUUUGGAAACAUACUUCAUCUGAGUACAAACCUUGUUGCUUCAAUACAAAGACCUGAUAAACACGAAUCAUUUGGAAAUAAUAUGGUAGAUAAUUUAGACUUAUUUAGUACACGUUCUGCAGAAAAUAAAUAUGAUAAUGGAUGUGCAAAAUUGUUCUUCCAUACUGAGUAUGAGAAAACAAAUCCUGGAGUGAAGCCCUGUGGCUAUAAAGAGUGUGGGAAAGGUCUUAGGCGAAAGAAAGGCCUUAGUCUACAUCAGAGAAUUAAAAAUGGAGAGAAACCCUUUGAAUGUACUGCAUGUAGGAAAACCUUCAGCAAGAAGUCACACCUCAUUGUACAUUGGAGAACUCAUACGGGAGAGAAACCUUUUGGAUGUACCGAAUGUGGAAAAGCCUUUAGUCAAAAAUCUCAACUCAUUAUACACUUGCGAACUCAUACAGGAGAGAGACCCUUUGAGUGUCCUGAAUGUGGAAAAGCCUUCAGAGAAAAGUCAACUGUCAUCAUACAUUACAGGACUCACACAGGAGAAAAACCUUAUGAAUGUAAUGAAUGUGGAAAAGCCUUCACUCAGAAGUCCAACCUCAUUGUCCAUCAGAAAACCCACACUGGAGAGAAAACCUAUGAAUGCACUAAAUGUGGAGAAUCUUUCAUACAGAAGCUUGAUCUAAUUAUACAUCAUAGUACCCAUACAGGAAAGAAACCCCAUGAAUGUAAUGAGUGUAAGAAAACUUUCAGUGAUAAGUCAACUCUCAUUAUACACCAGAGAACUCAUACAGGAGAGAAACCUCAUAAAUGUACUGAAUGUGGGAAGUCUUUCAAUGAGAAGUCAACCCUCAUUGUGCAUCAAAGAACUCAUACAGGAGAGAAACCCUAUGAAUGUGAUGUGUGUGGGAAAACCUUCACGCAAAAGUCAAACCUUGGUGUACAUCAGAGAACUCAUUCAGGAGAGAAACCGUUUGAAUGUAAUGAAUGUGAGAAAGCCUUCUCUCAGAAGUCCUACCUCAUGCUACAUCAGAGAGGUCAUACAGGAGAGAAACCUUAUGAGUGCAAUGAAUGUGAAAAAGCAUUUUCACAGAAAUCAUAUCUCAUUAUACAUCAAAGAACUCAUACAGAAGAAAAACCCUAUAAAUGUAAUGAAUGUGGCAAAGCCUUCAGAGAAAAGUCAAAGCUCAUUAUACAUCAGAGAAUUCAUACAGGAGAGAAACCCUAUGAAUGUCCUGUGUGUUGGAAAGCUUUUAGCCAGAAGUCACAGCUCAUAAUACAUCAGAGAACACACACGGGAGAGAAACCCUAUGCAUGCACUGAGUGUGGCAAAGCCUUCCGAGAAAAGUCAACAUUCACUGUACAUCAAAGAACUCAUACUGGAGAGAAACCCUAUAAAUGUACAGAAUGUGGGAAAGCCUUUACCCAAAAAUCAAACCUUAUUGUACAUCAGCGAACCCAUACAGGAAAGAAAGCCCAUGGAAGAGGCCACACUCGGAAGUCAAAGUUCAUGGCAGAUUAGAGAGCUAAUCAGCAGUAUCUAUUAUGGACACUGAAAGAAAGUUGUGUCAGUUUUACUCACAUUUUAAAAGUAUAUUCUGACUUGUGGUUUAAAUAUGGGAGUAAAUUCAGCCUUUCUUCUUUUCAUCUCAGUCAUAACCCAAAAGCUAUGGGAGAAAAAGCAGAAGUGUAAUCUCUGUAUCUGACAAAAUUAGGAGACAGCUGCAACCCUGAUGAGAGGGCUGCCACAGGCAGAGGAAAUGAAGCACUGGUGCAGGAGAUUUCAGAGUGAGCGUGCUCAAGGCUGCAGAUGUGAGACAGCACUGGUAAGGACUCUUAGCUGAGGUUCGGGAUAUACCCUGAGGUGCGGAACCAUAGAUAUAACUGUGGUAACAGUGCACGGGCAGGUAGGAGGUAGGAUGUUUCCUAGACCAUUUGGGGUCUGAGGAGAAACAGGCUGGGGCCUCGAGAAGGAGUCACUCAGGCAAGCCGUAUUUGUAGAAAGUAGUCUACUGAUGGGAGCAACAGUUAUGGGGUGCUGGGGGAAGAGAAGGGACUUUUCCUUGUGAAGAGCCCUACAGUUGCCCCUAUUUACUGACUUGGGAGAAGUAAAGUCAGAAAGAACUAACAGAUGUGGGGGAAAAAAUUCUCAGUUGUCAAAAAAAACUGAUCUGCUUAGAAUGUGGCCCUGGUUUCUUUUCCCACAUGAACCUCCAGCAAAUAGCAAGUCCAGGGAAAAAUCUUCUCAUUCAAAGAGGAAUUAUUCAAAAGUAAUCAAAACCACAAAUGCAUAUGGUUUUUGGGCCAGCAAUUCCACUUUUAGGAAUGUACAUACACAUGUACAAAAUGAUGAACAUACAGAAGUAUUAAUGCACUGUUUGUGAAAACAAAAGAUUGGAAGCUGUCUAAAUGACACCAUAUCAGGGUUCUGGUUCCCUAAAUUGUGGUAUAUUCAUACAGCCUACUCCUGGGUAGACAACAACGAAUAAAUAAGGAGAACUUGGGUACCAUUUAUGUAGUGAUGUGGGAUAACCUUCAGUUUAUGUUAUUAGGUAGGAAAAACAAGGUUGAGGACAGUGAGUAUAAUACGCUGCCAUUUGUAUAUAAAAAGGAGAAAAAUGGUAAGUACAUAAUUGUGAAUUCAUAAGUUAUCUCUGGAAAGAGACAAGAGAACCUGGUAACCCUGAUUACCUUGGGAUGGGAAGGAGCAGUGGUGGCUGGGGGGAUGGAAUUGAGAGGGAGACAACUGUAUCCUUUCAUAGCUUUUGAAAAUGUGGGUGUACUAUGUACUAUGUGGAUGUACUACCUUUUCAAAAAUAAAACAUUUAAAAAGC